AUGGAAGCCCCUCACGCCGACCUUGAGCGCUGCCCGGGUCGCCUGCGGAGCUAUGAGGAGAUUGUGGCGGAGCAUGCCUUCGCCCCGAGGAGUCGAGGACGUGGCGCGAGGUAUCAGGGGGCUCAGAUGGCUUCCUUCACCACUUUCUUCAUGACCGAAGUCUCCUGCCUCGCGGGCAACUUCACGGAGCGCGAGCUCCUCAGCUGCUGCGCACGGCCCGUGCGCCGGGGCUGUCCCUUCCACCGGCCUAGGAGGACCUGGAGCUUUUGCUGCGAAAAGGAGCUGUUGAAACAGGUGUUAGAGGCGAUGCCCCAGCGAUAUUCCCGGAACCUCACAGGCGUUCCAACGUGGAAGCUGCUGGAGGGCCGGCCUGACUGCAAGCUGAUACCUCAGCUCCCAUCCAUGACCUUACAGAUGUGGUUGGCUCGAUUGCUGCAACAUGGUGCGCAAGCAGCCCGCUGUGUGUAUGGUUUGGCCGACAAACUACAAGAAACACCAGAAGCUGCCCAAAGCGUGGCAUUUUUGGCCGCCGAACUAGCACGAAAGUGUCCUGGAAGAAGGACCUUGCUGGCCUUGCGAAGAAAUUUGAUGAUAUGGUGGGAUCGCAACAAAUUCUUGACUCAGUGGACAGAGAUGGAAGCAACCUUUCAGCAAGCCUUACUUUCUGUUUACAAAUGCCAGCAGAAACUGCCAGCGGUACCUGUGAUACACCUGCACAUUCCGAAGACGGCUGGAUCUUCCAUGAAGCAAUGGGCCACCUUGACUGGAUACAAGCUCCAUGAUCAUUACGACCAGACACUGGACGGCGAUGGCGCCUACUGGAUGGGUGCUCCUGCACGUCUGGGGAAUUGUAAGCAGCGCGUUUGGGAAAGCCAUCUGAACAACGCCAGCUGGUUCCCGGUGGAGCGCUGGCUGGACCUGCCGCUCUGCGAAGAAUUUCAGUAUGUGGUGACGUUGCGGGAGCCGGUGCCCAGGCUGCUGCACCAGUUCCAUCACUUCAUGUCUUGUUUCAGCAAGUCACAGCGUUUGCAGGUGUUGCAGGGCCAGCCCAGCAUUGAGAAAUUCAUUCCUAUUCGUUUGAUGUCGUUGUGGAACUACGAGGAGCUGAAACUCCGGAUCCCCAAGCAGCUGCAAGGGAAUCUGACAUCCCAGGAGGCAGCGGAUGCCAUCCGCUGGCCGAGCGACUGGUUGAACCUCUGGUUGGGGAUGACUAGCAACUACCAGGUUCGCAGCCUGGCAGGCACCGGAGACGGCAAGGCCUACCUGGAAGAUGGUCCGAAGGCCGCCCGGCGCCUGCUGGGCGCCAAGGCCGUUCUGGAGCAGCUGGAUGUGGUUCUCACGGCUGGAGCACAUGGACAUGAUGCGGCGGAUGAAAUGUUAUUGAAAGAAGCCCUGAGAACACCAAAGUCCUCAGAAUCGGGUUUUCCCUUUGUGUCCCACACGAUCUUUGACGACCAAAAGACCAGCCCCUUUCGCUUCAACCCACUGAAGCUCUCAUGGCCCGUGGCUUUGGACCUUCAGCAGCGCAACCACGCGGAUCGACUGCUGCUGAGCUAUGCGCGGCAACUGAGCUAUGAAGAGAUUCUGUCGGAGCAUUCCUUCCCGCCCAGCGACCCCCUGGGUCGCCGCCGGGCUCGGCAGAAUUAUUCCGGAUCCCUGGCAGUGCGGAGGGCCACUCUCCCCGUGCGUUCCACACGUUACGCCACCACCACAGCCUUCCUGUUGAGAAACGUGACCUGCUUCCAGUUCAACACAUCGGCCAGGGAGGUCCUGUCCUGCUGUGAGUCUCGUCCCGCAUCCAGCACCUGUCCCUUCAACCUGGGGAAGUCACAGAGCAUGUGCUGUGAAAAGGAGCGCCUGAGGCGAGAACUGGGACAGAUGCCUCAAGGAUAUCCCUGGAACGUCACAGCUGUAGCCGUUCCAGCCUGGAAGCUGCUGGAGGGCCGGCCUGACUGCAAGCUGAUACCUCAGCUCCCAUCCAUGACCUUACAGAUGUGGUUGGCUCAAUUGCUGCAACAUGGUGCGCAAGCAGCCCGCUGUGUGCAUGGUUUGGCCGACAAACUACAAGAAACUUCAGAAGCUGCAGAAAGCGUGGCAUUUUUGGCCGCCGAACUAGCACGAAAGUGUCCUGGAAGAAGGACCUUGCUGGCCUUGCGAAGAAAUUUGAUGAUAUGGUGGGAUCGCAACAAAUUCUUGACUCAGUGGACAGAGAUGGAAGCAACCUUUCAGCAAGCCUUACUUUCUGUUUACAAAUGCCAGCAGAAACUGCCAGCGGUACCUGUGAUACAGCUGCACAUUCCGAAGACGGCUGGAUCUUCCAUGAAGCAAUGGGCCACCUUGACUGGUUACAGGGUGCUGGAUCAGAACCGACAGACCUGGCACGGCGACGGUCCCUACUGGAUUGGUGCGGCCGCGCACCUAGGCAGUUGUGAGCAGCGCCUUUGGGAAAGCCAUUUGAACAACGCCAGCUGGUUCCCGGUGGAGCGCUGGCUGGACCUGCCGCUCUGCGAAGAAUUUCAGUACGUGGUGACGUUGCGGGAGCCGGUGCCCAGGCUGCUGCACCAGUUCCACCACUUGUUCUCGUAUUUCAGAGACUCCCUUAGUGCCGAGAGGCUGCAGUCGGAACCUCUGGAGACCUUGGCGCCCCGGCGCUUCGUAGCGCUCUGGCGGUACGAGGAGCUUCGGCACCAACUGCGUGGCCGGCGCAGGGCUCGAAAGCACCUGAAGCUGCAGCCGAAUCUGACAUCCACGGAAGCAGCCCGUGCCAUGCAUUGGCCUACCGAUUGGUUGGAGCUGUGGCUGGGGAUGAUUAGCAACUACCAGGUUCGCAGCCUUGCCGGUGCCGGUGGCGCCAAUGCAUACCUGGAAGACGGUCCAAAGGCCGCUCGGCGCCUGCUGGGCGCCAAGGCUGUCCUGGAGCAGCUGGAUGUCGUCCUGGUGGCGGAACCCCGUGGGCUUGGUGCAGUGGAUGCGAUGCUGUUGAAGGAAGCCCUGAGAACUGACUUGGAGCCGGGCUUCCCCUUCGUGUCCCAUCAUGACUACGGGGACCAGAAAGUCCAAGCGUUUCGCUUCAACCCCGUGAACCUCUCGUGGCCCAUGGCCCUGGACCUGCGCCUCCGCAACUAUGCGGAUCGCGUGCUGGUGAGCUACGCGCGACGCCUCAGGCGACUGGAUCGGAUCUUCUUCCAGAUGCUGUCCCAAAAGAAGUGCGACACCUCGGAAGCCUUUGUUGGCAAACCCGGGCGCGCUGGAGGCGGUGGGGGUGGACCCACACCUGAGGAGAAGCUACAGGUGCUCCUGUAUCGUGUAGCGCUGGCUGUCACGGCCGUUUGCUGGACGCUGGUGUACACCUUGGAUUUCUUCAUGACCAGUGGCAUUUCCAUCAUUGAUGGGUCCAUCCAGGCUUCAGCCCUGGUUCUCGCGGAUGUUUCGGCUGCCGUGGCAUUGCUCGCGGCACCUACCGGGUCCAGGUUGGUGGCAGGGCUAGCGUUUCGCUCCCUGGGGUUCUGCACUUUGCUGUUGGUCGCCCUUGGCAUGACGCAAGGCUUGGGUGCGGUGCCCGGACCUUUGUGCGUGGUCCUAAUCUGUGCCCGCGAGAUCUUUUGGUUUGGAUGGUUCUACAAGGUGGAUGCCAUUUGGGGUGCCUUGUGCUUCACCGCGGUGCUUGCCUGGCGCUUGGCGUUGGCCAAUGAGUCAACCAGUGAGGUGUUAGCGCCUGAGCUGCCAGUCUUCGAGAGUUGGGAAGACAUGCCAAAAGUCCCCACCCUCUUCGACGUGCGGCCUGUGGGGCCGCCGGUGCCGCUGUCCUUCGCCUGUUGGAUCAGCUUGUCCGUGACAGCGCUCAGCGGGAUAGCUCGCAUCCCUGUCGCCUGUUUCGGCUCCAAAAGAUCUCAGAGAUUUCGCUCCGUGCCAUCGCUCGCCGUGCCGACCUUGUGUCGUGAGCGUGAAACCAUGCUGGCACUCGAGGCAGUUGGAUUCUUUGAAAAGACCUGCAGGGUUUCUGCUGCUUUCAUGUUUGAUUUGCUGUUCCCCUGGGCUCAAGUGAUAGACCGAUCCUCUCCGCUACGGCCCGCUUUUCGACACGACGACCCCGGUAUGGCGCGGCGCUAUGACUCAAGGACCACCACUUUCUCUCCUGAGGGACGCCUCUACCAGGUGGAGUACGCCAUGGAGGCCAUCAACUUAGCCGGAUCCACGGUGGGCAUCUUGGCGGAGGAUGGCGUGAUCCUGGCGGGAGAGAAGAAGACCACUUCCAAGCUGCUGGAUCAGGCAAAGCAGCACGAGAAGCUCUUCCAAUUGGAUGAUGCCAUGUUCUGUGCCGUAGCGGGCAUCACUUCGGAUGCCAACAUCCUCAUCAACCGACUUCGGCUCACGGCCCAGCAGCACGCCUACAGCUUCUCGGAACCGAUGCCCGUGGAGCAGCUGGUUACAUCCAUCUGUGACUACAAGCAGGGCUAUACGCAGUUCGGAGGCCUUCGGCCUUUCGGAGUCUCCUUCCUGGUGGCUGGCUGCUGGGCAGACUGGUUUGCGGCUGGAAAGGGCAAAAAAAGCUAUGAUGUGCACCAUGGCUUUCAGCUCUAUCACACGGACCCCUCUGGCAACUUCAGCGGAUGGAAGGGCUAUGCCAUUGGAGUGAACAACAACACGGCUAUGCAGAUCAUGCGUCAAGACUGGAAGCCAGGUGUGGGGGCCCAGGAUGGCAAGGGGCGAGCUCCGGCUGCCGGAAACCCGUGUGUAAAAUGGGUCAAGCAUUCCCUGAUUUGA